AAUUUCCAGGACCUAGACAUGGGGAACGAGAUGAGGUGGUGGAGGGGAUGUAGUAUCUGCUGUGUGCGCGCCCGUGGGACGCCUUCUCUUUGAAGGCCUUGCCCGCCGCAGAAACUGUGGUUAGCUGACUAGUAGCUUGUCAGGAUGGGCGUGAAACAUCUUCUGCAACGACUUCUCCUGGGGAAACGUUGCCAUUGUUGAAGACACAUCCCGAAUCCAGCGCCAUAUGGUUGGUACAAGAAACAAAAAACUAAAAACACAAAACACCAGACAAACAAAACGUUUCCCAGUUUGGUUCUCCACCCCCAAGGUUGGCAACUUGGCUGCGAUCAUGUAAUUUGCAUCUCUCUCUCUCUCUCUCGCUCGCUUGCUCUCUCCCGUAUGUCGAAACCCUACAAACGAAUCAUCAAUGGCUUCGGCAGGCUCUACACACACGAAUUCCCGGCGAGUCCUGCGCCACGAAGCCCCAUUUCUUGGGGCCAGACGCGGUUCUUGAUUUCGAACCCCUUCAGCUCCUGUCGCUCCUCAAAUCUCUCGCCGUCUUCGGAUUCCGCAUCCCCGAAUCGCAUCUUUUCUCGUCUGUUCGCUUUGAAUUGCAACUCGAGGCAUCGGGGCUCCGGGACCGCCACUAAGCUGCCAUCUUUGGGUUUCGGGAUCAAGGGCCUCGCUCGGAUCAACGAGAACGGGUGUGGCUCCCGGUUCUUCUCCUUCAAGAGUUUGAAUUAUGGCAAGUACAGCAGCUUCGGUGUGGGCAUGGGGAAAUCGGUGGUCGAUAAGCCAUUGUCGGCCGUUUCAUCGGCGUUCUCUCGGUACCGCCAAGUGGUUGGAUUGCAAAUGGAGGCGUUUUGGAAGAGGAAUCAUACGAUACUAGUGUGGAGCGGGGCUGUCGUUGUCUGCAUUGUACUCUGGAGGAUCAUGUUUGGGAUUGCGAGCACCUUUGUUGGCCUUUCGGAAGGCACGGCCAAGUAUGGGUUUCUUGCGCUCGCGUCAGCCAUUGUGGCUUUUGCGGGAAUGUGUUUUCGUGCACGGUUUGCUAUCAACCCUGACAAGGUUUAUAGAUUAGCAAUGAGCAAGUUGAACGCAUCUGCUGGGAUUCUGGAGGUAAUGGGUGCCCCUUUAACUGGGACAGACUUGAGAGCAUACGUAACAUCAGGGGGUCAACCCAAGCUUAAAAACUUUAAGUUGAAGUUUGGUGACAAACGAUGUUUUCUACUUUUUCCUGUCCGAGGAUCUGAAAGGAAGGGUCUUGUAAGCAUUGAGGUCAAGAAGAAAAAGGGUCAGUAUGUCAUGAAGCUACUUGCAGUUGAUAUACCAAUGGCUUCAGGGCCCGACCAGCGACUGUUCGUCUUGGGGGAUGAGCAGGAAUACAGAGUGGGAGGAGGAUUGAUAUCUGAACUAAGGGAUCCCAUUGUGAAAGCAAUGUCUGCAGAGAAGGAAUUCCAAGAUCUAGACCAGAAAGAGGACGAAGAAGAUGAAAUCAGGGAGAGGGAGGAGGCAGAAAGAAGGCAGCAAGAGGAGAAGCAAAGAGCACUUGAGCAGGCAGAAAAGAAUCGGCAUGAAGAGGAAAAAAGGAGCAAUUGAUGCAGCCGAGAGCAAACGGUGCUGAGUCCAACGACACGGAGUAAGAUAAUAGAAUUAACUGGUGGCAUUACAUCUACCAUUCUUCAUUUCUCGAGUAUGAGAACAGCGGCAUCCUGGCUUGCAGAGAACAAAAUUUUAUGUGGUACCAGAAUUCUUUUUUGACCUGCAAGAAGUUUACGACAGGUUUUUUCUCAUCCCAGUCAUCGCAUAAUAGCUUUUGCAUCUCUGCCACCAAAUGCUGCUUUCUGAUAGCUGAUCUAAAGGUCAUUGCAUCUUGUCCUCCUUAUGCGAGACAUCUGCAAAGAUCUCAAUAAGGAGCUUGGAGAAAUAAUUACACUCAAAAGGAGAGUGUGAUGGUCUCUCUAUUCCAAGUGUUCAAAUAAUGAAUGAGAACUAGCCUUGUAUCAAAAGAAUAAGGACUAGUGUUCUUUGAAUAGAAGAACUAUUUGGCUAUUAACGAUCAUCAUUGUUUAGAGAAAUAAUUGGUUUUACAUUGAUUGCUUCUUGCUUUUA